AUGAGAGAAAAACAGCAAGUAAAUAUGUUCCAAACAGAGCCGGAGAGAGCAAACCCAGCUGAAACUGGACCGAAGAGGAAACGAGAGUCUGAAAGAAGUGAGAGAGUGAGGGAGAGGAUGAAGAGAGGAAGCAUCUUGUCCAGCAGAAGUCUAGAGAUGAGUGAAAAAAAAACACAUUCAGCGGCUGCUCCAGAUGGCGGAUGGGGCUGGAUGAUCGUGGCUGGAUGUUUCCUCACCACCGUUUGCACACGUGCAGUCACUAGGUGUGUUUCUAUAUUUUUUGUGGAAUUCCAGUCAUACUUUUCCAGAGAUUAUUCUGCAACUGCAUGGAUACACUCUUUGAUGGACUGCACCACAAUGUUGUGUGCUCCAUUGGGUAGUUAUAUAGGGAACCGCCUCUCUUCUCGUAUAGCUAUCAUGAUUGGUGGGCUUCUUUCCUCUGCCGGCCUACUGCUCAGCUCACUGGCCGCCAGCGUGGAGUUCCUGUAUCUUACACUUGGUGUUCUUACAGGUGUGGGAUUUGCCCUCAGCUACACUCCUGCAAUUGCUAUGGUGGGUUCUUACUUCAGCGAGAGAAAAGCGCUGGCUUACGGGAUCGCCAUGUCAGGCAGCAGCAUCGGAACUUUCAUACUGGCACCCUCUGUCCAACUCCUCAUUGAGUUCUUCUCCUGGAGGGGUGCGCUGCUCAUUCUGGGGGGUUUGGUGUCCCACCUGUGUGUCUGUGGAGCCCUUAUGAGGCCUUUGGAAGGCAAAAGAGGGAGACAGAAAGAGAUGGACUUGGAGAGUGGCAAAAAGGUUGAUUUCCUAAAUGUGAAACUUGCUGAUGCAAGGCACAAUAUGGAAGUGAGUGCGCAGAAACAGAGAUCAGUGGAAGUAAAACAGAUGAACACAGACAAGCGAGGGAAAAAUGAACAUGCUGAGAAUAUGCAGAGUGAUCUAACAGUACAGAUAGACAUAGACGAGUCAAAGCCCUCUGAUGCAAAGCAAACACACUCCGAUGUGGAAAUAAACUAUAGACAGGAUCUCUCAGAAGACUCAGAGACUGUGAACAGAAGCACAGAUGAAUGGGACAAAGAAUCAAAGCCAAAGUGCUCAGACACAGACAUCUCAAUCUCAGCUUUAAUACAAUUAGGUGACUUGCCUUUGGACUGUUUGCCCACCAACCAGGAGGACACAACUAUCCCAGAAUCAAAAUCCAAAGCAAACACUAACCACAAUUCGUUGGCACAGUUAAAAGUGGCAAACACAAAAUUACUGAAGGUGUCCAGGGACAAUGUAAGGAAAACAGUAUUGAGAGAAUAUUCCUUCCUGUUGAUACCAGACUUCUUGUUACUGUUGGUGUCCUUCCUGUUCCUUGCAUAUGGUUGCAGUGUGCCAUUUGUGUAUCUUGUGCCAUAUUCCCUGAGUUCAGGCGUCAGCCCUCAACAGGCAGCAUUACUCAUGUCCAUACUUGGAGUGUCAGGGAUUGUCGGUACAACCACUUUUGGAUGGAUUGCAGAUAGAAAGUGUUUGAGGCCAUAUAGGGUGGUGAGUUACAUGCUGGCUGUGGGGUCAGAAGGGCUGAGUUGUCUCUUUCUGCCUCUGCUGAAUGUUUUUUCCCUGCUCGUCCCCUUUUCUCUCGUCUAUGGCUACUUUGAUGGAGCUUACGUGGCACUUAUUCCUGUGGUGACCUCUGACACUGUCAGCUCCACCCACCUGACCUCAGCUCUGGGAGUUGUUUACUUUCUUCACGCCAUCCCCUACCUCAUCAGCCCACCUAUUGGAGGUUGGCUAGUGGAUCAGACAGGCUCCUACACAGCUACGUUCUUUCUCAGUGGAGUCUCUCUGAUCUGCAGUGCUGUGAUUCUGGCUGCUGUGAGAGUGAUCAUCCGCUGCCCUAGAGGGAGCUCUUGCUUAAACUGACUCACAACCAGGUACACGGGAGAUUCCUAAAGCAGUAGAAAAAUUCCAUUGCUGUCAAGAAACAUGAAACUGCCUCCAGGAGUUAAAAAGUGUUAUAAUAAGAGUUUUAUGUGUCCCUGAUCCGAAGCUCUCAUCAGUCAGAUCGAUUGCCACAAAUACAAGCUCUUUUAUAGCAUUAAUGGACAUAGAACUGACCAAAAGAACACUGCUCUA